AUGCAGGAGGAGUGGACAGAAGACAACCAGACACUGGACCUUCCUAGACCAGCCAUCCAUGAGUUUCCAGAAGAUAUCUUCACCAAGGAGGAGCUGAAAGGAGGAGCAGUGCUGUUACAUGUGCUGUGUGCUAUCUACAUGUUCUACGCUCUUGCUAUUGUCUGUGAUGACUACUUUGUCCCUUCCCUGGAGAAAAUAUCAGAGAACCUGCAGCUCAGUGAGGAUGUGGCAGGGGCAACCUUCAUGGCUGCAGGAAGCUCAGCACCAGAGCUCUUUACCUCUCUCAUUGGUGUGUUCAUCACUAAAGGAGACGUGGGGGUCGGCACCAUCGUGGGUUCAGCUGUCUUCAACAUCCUGGUCAUCAUUGGUGUUUGUGGCAUCUUUGCGGGCCAGACGGUGGUUCUGACGUGGUGGUCUCUGUUCAGGGACUCCACCUACUACAUCUUCUCUGUGCUGGCUCUCAUCCUGGUUAUAUACGAUGCAAAAGUUGUCUGGUGGGAGGCCGUGCUCCUAAUGACCAUGUAUGGAGUUUACAUUCUUAUCAUGAAGUUCAACUCCCAGAUCAGGGGAUGUGUGCAACGUCGGUUUGGGGGCCCGGGUCAGUGCUGCCUUGUCAGUGAGGGACUCAGAGAUGAGGAGAUGGCAGAGGACGGACUCACCUGUAACACCAACAUGGUGCUGCUCAGGAAAGGACAACCCCAGGGUCAGGAGUCUCCUCCGGUGGUGAUGGUGGACGAGCUCCUGAUCCUCAACCCCCACCAGCUGUCCUUCUCCGAGGCCGGCCUGCGCAUAAUGAUCAGCCCCCACUUCUCCCCUCGCACCAGGCUCACCAUGGCAGGCCGUGUGCUCAUCAGUGAGAGACAGAGAUUGAUCAGGAGUCCCAACAGCCAGCUGGACGGGGAGGCCAGCCCAGCGGCAGGGGGCACCCCUCUAAAGGGGUUGGGCUCUGGAGGUCUGGAGAAUGGGGGCAGUGUGGAGAAGCAGACCCCUGACAGGGCCAGGGUAGGGGAUGCAGGGGCAGAGAAGCCAGGAGCGGAGGGCUGUCACACUGAGGAAGAGGAGGAUGAUGAUGAUGGGCCAUUCAGGCCUCUGCAUUGGCCAGGGGGUUGCUGUGCGCGGGUCAAGUGGCUGAUCUCGUGGCCCCUGGGCCUGCUGCUGUACUGCACUGUGCCUAACUGUGUGUACCCACGCUGGCACCGCUGGUUCAUGGUCACCUUCGUGGCCUCCACCCUGUGGAUAGCCAUCUUCUCCUACCUCAUGGUGUGGAUGGUCACCAUCAUCAGCUACACACUAGACAUCCCAGACUACAUCAUGGGCAUCACCUUCCUGGCAGCGGGCACCAGUGUGCCAGACUGCAUGGCCAGCCUCAUUGUAGCUCGGCAAGGUUUGGGGGACAUGGCGGUGUCUAACUCCAUUGGCAGUAAUAUCUUUGACAUCCUGUUGGGGCUGGGUUUUCCCUGGGCUCUGCGCACUCUGGUGGUGGACAACGGAUCAUUGGUCUACAUCAAUAACAAGGGCCUGGUGUAUUCUGUCGUCCUGCUGCUGGCCUCUGUCUUCCUCACAGUCAUGAGUGUCCAUCUGAACCACUGGAAGCUGGACCGCCGUCUGGGCCUGGGGCUGAUAUUACUCUAUGCCAUCUUCCUGCUCUGCUCCAUCUUCUUUGGGCAGAUGUGA